GCAUUGUAGGGAUGUCCCUAACCCCUUUUAUAAAGCAUUCGACAGUGCGGGGGUUGGACGCUAAUGGCUUUGUCUCAGUCUCAGACGAAGAAGAAGCAAGUGCACCUUUUCUACUGUCCAGAGUGCGAGGACCUUGCCAGGAACGUCGCCGCUCAGUCGAACAAUAUCACUCUCCAAACCAUCAAAUGGAGGAAUUUCGAUGAUGGAUUUCCAAACCUUUAUAUUAACAACGCUCAAGAUCUGCGAGGUCAACAUGUUGCCUUUCUUGCAUCCUUCAGCUCCACUGGAGUAAUCUUUGAGCAGCUCUCUGUUAUAUAUUUACUACCACGGCUGUUUGUCGCUUCCUUCACAUUGGUGUUGCCCUUCUUUCCAACUGGCUCCUUUGAGCGAAUGGAAGAUGAAGGGGAUGUAGCAACUGCAUUUACCUUAUCAAGGAUGUUGACAAAUAUACCCAUUUCAAGAGGUGGCCCUAAUAGUCUAGUCAUCUAUGAUAUUCAUGCUUUGCAGGAAAGAUUUUAUUUUGGGGACCAUGUUUUGCCAUUGUUUGAGACUGGCAUUCCUCUUUUAAAGCAGCGUCUGCACCAGCUUCCAGAUGCUGACAAUAUUGUAGUUGCAUUUCCUGAUGAUGGAGCUUGGAAGCGAUUCCACAAGCUGUUGGAUCUUUUCCCCAUGGUGGUGUGCGCGAAGGUUCGUGAGGGUGAUAAGAGGAUAGUUCGGCUCAAGGAAGGAAAUCCUGCUGGUUGUCAUGUAGUCAUUGUUGAUGAUUUAGUCCAAUCAGGAGGCACCCUGAUUGAGUGCCAGAAACUUUUGGCAGCCCAUGGUGCAGCAAAGGUGAGCGCUUACGUGACCCAUGGAGUGUUUCCUAAGCGCUCGUGGGAGAGAUUCAUUCACAAGGAUGAAGUGUCGGAGAAGGCGUUUGCCUACUUUUGGAUAACAGAUUCUUGCCCACUUACUGUCAAAGACAUAGCAAAUAAAGCUCCUUUUGAAGUGUUGAGUCUUGCGGCAUCAAUUGCUGAUGCUCUACAGAUUUGAAAAGAUCGUACGUUGUAACUGACUUCAGAUAUAGUGCGAAGAAAUACAUCUCUGGCAAUCCUGAUGAAAUUUAACUCGGUUGAUGAAUGAUAUAUUUUGGCGAAACGGUAAGCAAGAAGCCGAAAAAUAAAGCCUAUAUUAGUAACAAAAAACAUGUUUCUUAGAGGUUUGCUUGGUUGUCACUGUCAAAGCCAAGGCAAAUAAAGCUUGUUUUUUUCUUAGUAAUACGAAAAGCAUGAGUACUUAUUUGCUUC